AUGUGGUCUAACUCGAAGUAUUUCCUAAGGAAUACUUCCAAACCUUACAAUUUGGAAAAACUCAAUAAACGCCAGACACAGCAGACAUCGAAUACCUUUGGUUUGACCUCCGCUAUAUCUCACGAUGUUGAGUUAUCGAGAAUUAUUCUGGAGAAAAACAAUCAACUGCAAGAAUAUCUGACUGCGUUCGGUGUGUUCGAAUCAGAGCAAGAGACCCAGCAGCGUUGCGAGGGGCUCUGCACUCUGCACCAGCUCGUGAGGCAGUGGCAGCACACAGAAGCUAUUGAGGCCCGGGAUAGGCUCCAAUUCGUUGUGGACGAAUUAAAGCAAUGUAGCGAUGAGUAUGAAACCACCUUAAAUGACAAAGCUCUACUAAAACAACAGUCUACAUGA